AUGAUUGAGUCCCCUAACAGAUCAAUGAUCCACGAGGCAGUUAAACUAGGAGAUUUAAAAUCAGUGAAAAAAAUGAUUUCCGAAGGAGCGGAUGUAAAUGAGGCAGAUGAUCAAUCUUUCACCCCACUGCAUUGGGCCACUAAUGUUCUUCAAUACCUGCUUUGGAAGGGCGCUGAUCCCAAUAUUGUGACAACUCGUGGCUGGUGUGCUUUGCAUAUUGCUGCCAUUCGGGGUUAUGAACCGUGCAUUCAGUCGCUGGUCGACAGGGGUGUUUGUCUUUCUACACAGGACAGUCACGGUCUAACUCCUGGCCACUUGGCUGCGAUCCACGGAAACUCCGGUUGUCUACUAGCGUUAUUAAAAUCUGGAGCAGAUGUGGAAACUGUGGAUGGGCACGGUUGGACAAUGUUGCAUUGUGCCGCUUUCCACGGAAGGUUGGGAUGUGUCCAGGUGUUACUUCGGUGGGGACUUCGGGUUGAAGAUGUUGACAAGUCCGGAAAUUCUGCAGUGCACUUAGCCGCCAUGGAGGGUCAUCUGCCUGUGCUCCAGUGUCUAAUAAUCCAACAUCCAACACCACUGCUCCUACUGGAUACACCAAACGACCUCGGAGAAACACCUGAGUCAUUGUCUAAACGAUUUCUUAAAGAAGACGUCAGUGGCUUUAUUGAAACGGUUAAAAAGGAGCACGGCCUACGUCCGGUUGAUGAAGCUCGGUUUUUUGCCACAGCUUUUCCCGCACACAGCGCAGCUUAUGAUGGUGACCUCACAACAUUGCGGACACUAAUUGAGGAGGGAGUCAUAAAGGUGAAUGAGCGCGACGAACAAGGAUCUACUCCGCUACAUAAAGCUGCUGGACAAGGACACGUGAAAAUCAUACACUGGUUACUGGAAAACGGGGCAGACCCAUCAAUAACGAAUCACCUGGGUGAGCGUCCAGUCGAUGUUGCUCGACGUUUUGGACAGUCGGCUGCUAUCGAACCUUUGAAGGUGCGAGAUCCACAUAACAUGGUUUCGGAGAAAAUACCCGGGUUUUUGGAGGGUGAACCAGAGCCGGAAGUUAUACUUGACAAAGAAAUUGCCCUUGAACGUGCUAGGAAAAGAAUCGAUAAAUUCCAAAAGCUCUUAGAUCUGGCAAAAUCUGACUAUAAGCAACUUGGAGGUGAACCAGAUCCGGAAGAACUUCAUAUUCAAUGUGAAAUUCGGGAAAACGAA